GGGGUGAGGGGGUGAUGUCAUGGGCAGGUCCAGCCUUCCCAGCCCUGUGUGUGCAGUGCUGAGUGAGUUGAGUGCAUGUGAUCUCCCAGUGUGCAGAUUGCAAUGUAAAACGGCCUCAUUAAGUGGCUGUGAGCUGUGGGGGGAGUGGGGGGUAAAGGCAGCGAUAGAGGCUCCGCAUCCGAGCGGUUUGCACGAGCUUUUCUUCCCGCAGAAGCCCUGCGGGUCCCGGGGCGGAGCGGAGCGGAGCGGCGGCACAGAGAGCGCAGGAAAGUUGGAGUUGUGCAGUGAGGAGCGCAGCGCAGAGAGUGCCGGAGAGUUGGCCGCGGGGUCGGGGUCGGGGACCGUGGGAAAGGGCAGCAGUGUCUCAGCAGCUGAACAGCACAAAGUUUCUUAAGCUCGGAACUGGGGGACUUUUCCAAGCAAGACGCUGCGAAAGAUUGUUCAACUGCAGAGGAUCUAUUGAGUGUGACGCGGGGGGGUUGACAGAGCCACCAGUGCAGGGGGGAUGCACCUGUACGAAGAUUUGAAGAAAACAAAUGCACGUUGACCAUGCUGUUUGGGAUAAUCCUCCUGCUUAUCGCUUGCCCCAGUUUGUGUGUUGGCGGCAGAGAGCAGCACAGGAUCUUCCGCAGGCCUGAGAACACGUUCGAGCACCUGACGGUGGACCCUGAGACGGGCAACGUGUACAUCGGUGCCGUGAACUCCCUGUUCCAGCUGACCUCUGAGCUGAGGGAACCGGUGGUGGAGCGAACGGGACCCAAGGAUGACAGCAAGGACUGCCUGCCCCCGGUCACCGCCAAUGACUGUGCCCAUGCCACGUCGACAGACAACCACAACAAGCUACUGUUGGUGGACCCCUAUGGCAGGGAGCUCAUUACCUGCGGCAGCUUGUUCCAGGGCAUCUGUGAGAAGAGGAAUCUGACUCUCAUUAGCAGCAUCACCUUCCGGCCCGAGCGCCCAGUGGACACCCAAUACGUGGCGGCCAAUGACCCCAACGUGACUACAGUGGGGCUGGUGGCGUGGCCCAGGGGCACCGACCCUGUGCUGUUUGUUGGCCGUGGCUACACCAGUAAGGGGGCCGGGGGCAUUCCCCCCAUCACCACCCGCAACCUGAGGCUGGCUGGCUCCGAGUCCCAUCCCAUCUUCUCCUACGAGGACACGGCCAAGCUGGCGGUGGCCGGCAGGCUGUCCGAAUACAACCACCAUUUUGUCAAGUCCUUCAUCCACCGCUCAUCUGUCUACUUCCUGUUCUAUCGCCGGGACUUAAAGUCGGCCUCUAGAGAGUAUAAGACUUACAUUUCCCGUAUCUGCCUGGGGGACACGCACUAUUACUCGUACGUGGAGCUGCCCCUGGAGUGCCAGACGGACGAUAUGACUUACAACCUGCUUCAGGCAGCCUAUGUGGGCAGCCCUGGCCAGGGCCUGGCGGGGCCAGGCGGGGUACUCGUGGACGGAGGGGCAGUCCUGUUCGCCACCUUUGCCGUGGGACAGACUGCCACCGCCAAGCCCACUGACGAGUCAGCCUUUUGCCUUUUCCCCCUCAGCCAGAUUGACGGCAUGAUAAACCGCACCCGGGACCUGUGCUACACCAAGUCUGGGAAGACACCGGACGGUGAGGAGUUGGCCUACAUUGAGUACGAAGUGAAGUCCAGCUGCACGGGGCUGACCUCGGACACGCUCAGCGCCUACCCGUGUGGCUAUGACCACACGCCCAGCCCGAUGGCCAGUCACAUUCCCAUCACGGUGAGGCCGGUGCUGACCAUGGCUCGGGUGCGGUUGGUUGCCGUAGCAAUCAGUGUGGAGAUGGAGCACACCAUAGCCUUCCUGGGCGACAGCAAAGGCCUUCUGCACAAGGUUUACAUCAGAGACUGGGACCAGGCAGAGUGGUAUUCACGGCUGGAAAUCCAGCCCAACGCGGCAGUGAACGGGGACUUGGCAUUUGACCGUGAGCGCGCACACCUGUACGUCACCACCAGGUCCCAGGUGGUGAGGCUGCCGCUCAGUGAGUGCCCCCAGCACCCUGACUGUGCCUCCUGUCUGGCCGCUCGAGACCCCUACUGUGGCUGGUGCAUUCUCCAGGGCAGGUGCAGCAGGAGGUCAGAGUGUGGCAGAGCUGAGGAAGAAAGCCAGUGGCAAUGGAGCUAUGGGAAAGAUCAGCAAUGCCUGAAAGUACAGUCGCUGACCCCAGCCAAUAUCAGCAGACAAGAGAAAAUACAGGUGUUUCUGGAGGUGGCUGACCUGCCCACUCUGGCAGAAGAGGAAUCUUACAAAUGCCUGUUUGAGGAAUUUACCAGUGCAGCCGUUCUCACAGAGACAGGAGCUGUCUGCUGGAGCCCAGAUAUCAGCACACUGCCUCCCACUCAACCAGGAGCAGAUCACGUGACUGUGAAGCUGCUACUCCUGUUCCACAACAUCACCGUGGCAAACACCCAAUUCACCUUCUACGACUGCAGUGCCGUCCAGCAGCUGUCCAGAGAUUUCCCGUGCCGUGGAUGCGUGAGCAGCCGCUGGGGCUGUAACUGGUGUGUGCUGCAGCAUCACUGCACCCACAACACCAGCUGUGAGGAUCCCCUUAUCAUCUUCAACGAGAACAGGGACGAGGGAUUGGAGAUGGGAGCCGAGGCCUGUCCCUGUGUGCACAGUAUUCAGGGCUCAGCUCUGUUGCCAGUAAACGUGGAGAGAAAAAUCACUCUGGAGGGUCGCAACCUGCACUUCUUUCAUGAGCCCGAAGGUGACUACGAGUGUGUGUUUGUGAUCGAGGGGCGGCUGGUGGUGGUCGAGGCCUUCGUGGAAGUGGACGAGGACGAAUCCAAACGUUACUUCAUCACCUGUCAGGUGCACCAGUACACGUACUCCUCGCCUCAGCACGAGUACAGCAUGACUGUGUAUGUGCAGCGUCGGCCCAACUACAGAGUGGACAGCAGCUCCCAGCACCUACACAUUACGCUAUAUAACUGUUCAGUGGGCCGCACUGACUGCAGCCGUUGCCAGACGGCAGACACGAAGUACGCGUGUGCGUGGUGUGGGGGUGUGGAGCCGCGCUGCGUGUACCAGCCCACGUGCCAGCAGGGAGUGGAGCAGACCUGCCCGGGACCCCUCAUUCAUUCGAUCGAGCCGAUAUCGGGGCUGUUGGAAGGCGGCACUGGGGUUACCAUCACGGGGUCGAACCUCGGGCAGAGAUUCGAGGAGAUCGAGGACUCGGUGCUGGUGGCCGAUGUCCCCUGCCGACCGGACAGGGACCUGUACCGCGUCUCCACCAGAAUUGUGUGCUACACGGCAGCCAGUGACAUCUCGACAUCAGGCCACGUCACAGUCAAAUUGAUUAACGGUAGUGAAAGCAUCUCAACCCAACUGUUCACUUAUCAGGACCCGGUGCUGGGCUCUAUCUCCCCGUUGCGGGGGCCCAAGGCCGGGGGGACGUCUCUCACCAUCAGCGGGCUCAGGCUGCUGACAGGGAGGCCCAGCCACAUCAGAGUCCUCGUGGGCUCCCUCCCUUGUGUCAUCUCUGCAGAUAUCGGAGCCGAACAGCUGGAGUGCCUGACCGGCCCUAGCAACCAGACAGCAGAGCUGCCCGUCACAGUGAUGUACGGAGUUGCUCCCCGCAUCCUGGCCCACGUGUUGUACAGCUACACAGAGGAUCCCAACAUCACCCUCGUCUCUCCAGCCAGCAGCUUCCUCGGCGGUGGACGCCUGAUCAGUGUUCACGGGCAGAACCUGGACGCGGUGCAGUCUCCCCGCAUCAGGGUCCAGCUGACAGUGAGGGAGCGGCAACGGCGCUCGGGCUCCAGACUGCGAGGGCGACCAAGGACACGGAAACUGAUCACUGAGGGAGGGCUGAGCCCACUGACGUUCUAUGAGUGGUGCCAGGUGAACUCCUCCACCUUCAUGACAUGCAGGACACCAGCGGUUGGCAGCCCGGUGAACCACGGCUCCAUCACCGUUCACUUCAUCAUGGACAACCUCAGCUUCGACUUCAACCAGAUCAGCCCGGUUCCGUUCACCUACCAGCCCGACCCCCUCCUCAAGCCCCUCAAUGCCGAUGACCCCUCCAAGCCAUACAGGCACAAACCAGGCAGCGUGCUUUCUGUGGAGGGGGAAAACCUGGACCUUGCAAUCACAAAGGAGGAGGUGGUGGCGAUGGUGGGGGAGGGUGUGUGUGUGGUGCGGACGUUGACCGGACAUCACCUGUACUGUGAGCCGCCCCUGGAGCAGCCUGGUCCCCGAGGAGGGGGCAAGCGGGACAGCGCCGACUCCCUGCCCGAAUUCAUUGUGCAGAUGGGGAAGCUGAACUACACGCUGGGGACCAUCCAGUAUGAUGCUGAGAGUCCCUUGAAUUUCCCGCUGGAGGCACAGAUUGGAUUGGGAAUGGGAGCUUCCAUCGUGGCCUUGAUUGUCCUGAUUAUUGUCCUCAUCUACAGGCGCAAGAGCAAACAGGCACUCCGUGAUUACAAGAAAGUCCAGAUCCAACUGGAGAACCUGGAGACCAGUGUCCGCGACCGGUGCAAGAAGGAAUUCACAGACCUGAUGACUGAGAUGAUGGACUUGUCCAGUGACUUGGUCGGCACGGGGAUUCCCUUCCUGGAUUACAAGACGUACGCAGAGCGGGUCUUUUUCCCGGGACACAGGGAGUCCCCGCUGCAGAGAGACCUGGAUGUUCCUGAAUCCCGGAGGCAAACUGUGGAGCAGGGGCUGGUACAGCUCUCCAACCUGCUCAACAGCAAGCUCUUCCUCACCAAGUUUAUCCACACGCUGGAGAGCCAGCGCACCUUCUCCCCCCGGGACCGUGCCUAUGUGGCCUCACUGCUGACUGUGUCCCUACACGGCAAACUGGAAUACUACACCGACAUCCUAAAAACAUUGCUCAACCACCUGGUGGAACAGAACGUGGCCAGGAAUCCCAAGCUCAUGUUGCGCAGGACGGAAACGGUGGUUGAGAAGCUACUGACAAACUGGAUGUCGAUCUGUCUGUACACGUUUCUCAGGGAUUCUGCCGGGGAAUCGCUGUACAUGCUGUUUCGGGCUAUCAAACACCAGGUGGAUAAAGGCCCUGUGGAUGCAGUUUCUGGGAAAGCCAAGUACACGCUCAAUGACAACAGGCUGCUCCGAGAGGAUGUGGAGUAUCGUACACUGACACUGAAUGUCUUGGUGCAAGGAGCAGGGGACGGACAACCUGCUCCAGUGAAGGUGCUGGACUGUGACACCAUUACCCAGGUCAAGGAGAAGAUCAUUGACCAAAUCUACAAAGGAGUGACCUACUCGCUGCGACCACAUGUGGAAACCCUUGACCUCGAGUGGAGAUCAGGUUUGGCUGGACAUUUGAUCCUUUCAGAUGAAGACUUGACGUCGGUCUUGCAGGGGAACUGGAAGCGGCUGAACACCUUGCAGCAUUACAAGGUUGCUGAUGGUGCCACAGUGGCUCUUGUGUCCCGACUGAGCAAACACAUCCACCAAGAGAAUCAUGAUUACAUGGCUGGAGAGAAGACCCCAAUGUUGGAGGAUGCCGACGAGGGUGGGAUCAAGGCCUGGCAUCUGGUGAAGGGCAGUGAGGAGCCGGAGCUGCCCAGACACCGGCGCGGCAGUGUGCGGGAGCGCGAGCGAGCAAAGGCCAUUCCUGAGAUCUAUCUGACACGACUGCUCUCCAUGAAGGGAACACUGCAAAAGUUCGUGGACGACCUGUUCCAGGUGAUCCUCAGCACCAGCCGGCCGGUGCCUCUCGCUGUCAAAUACUUCUUUGAUCUCCUGGAUGAACAGGCUGUGCAUCACGGCAUCAUCGACUCCGAAACCAUCCAUAUCUGGAAAACCAACAGUCUGCCUCUGCGUUUCUGGAUAAAUAUUAUUAAAAACCCGCACUUCACCUUUGACGUCCAGGUGUCGGACAACGUGGACGCAGUGCUGUCGGUCAUUGCUCAGACCUUCAUGGACUCCUGCACCAUCGCCGAACACAAGCUGGGCAGGGAUUCACCAAUCAACAAACUACUGUACGCCAGAGACAUCCCGCGAUACAAACAGAUGGUAGAGAGGUACUACGCUGAUAUCCGUCAGACGAUCUCCGCCAGUGACCAGGAGAUGAACUCUGCCUUAGCUGAGCUGUCCAGGAACUACUCCAACGAAAUGAACUGUCUCGUUGCUCUGCAUGAGCUCUACAAGUACAUUAACAAGUAUUAUGAUCAGAUCAUCACGGCCCUGGAGGAGGAUCCCAUGGCCCAGAAGAUGCAGCUGGGGUACAGGCUGCAGCAGAUCGCAGCCUCUGUGGAAAACAAGGUCACCGACUUGUGACAGGAGGGCCAGCUGAGCAGGGAUGAGAGCCCAGGAAUAUGACUGACAGCACACUCAAUGCAGGAGUGCCUUAUUGGGAAUCUGCUUCCUGGCUUUGGUUGGGGGGUGGGAGGGGCAGCUGCAAAAUUCCACACAGUCUUAGCCAGUGACACCAUCCUGCUUCAAAAUGUAACCCACACAAUCGAGGAUUGAUCUCGAAAUCCAGCUUCAGAACUGAGACGGACUUUAAGGAUUUCCCACAGUUCUGCCACCACUUUAAAUUCUGAGACAAAAUGGUCCCCCAGACUAAGACUAGGUGGAAUUUCAGGUGUCAGAAGCUCCUACAAUCCUCAACGAGGGAGCGGGCGCUGAUUCCUCCCUGCCAGCUGUACCCGGGCUGGACUGCCAACCCCGAGUGUUCAUAUUGUAGAUUAUUAGGGCAGUUUAACAGCAACACACCCACAAAGAGCACUCAGUGAACAAAUGAUGUGAAUAUUUUUUUCUGUGAAGAGACUUUUUCAAGUUUUUUAAAACUAAUUGCUGAGAGGUAUUACCGCUGGUCGCUGGGAGCUCAUCGGGGCUGGAAUGGGGGUGGAUAGGGGAAUGGGGCUCAGAGAGGUCAACUCCUCAUCCACUAACCGUCACGUGGUGUGAAUCACAAUCCGUGUUUAAUCCACUGGCAACCACUCUGGCUGUGUCCACCAUUCACUUCCAGAGCCCACGAGGUCCGGCACAGACACCAAGGGAUGUCUAUACUAGAGAGGGAAUCCCCUCUCUGUCUCCACACUAAGGCAUGUGCAGUAACUAUCCAUUCACACCACAGGCUCUGAGUUGGAACUUUACAAUUACAGACUUUAAAAUUCUAAAUGUCACAGAAUUCUGUAAAAAAGUGUGGUGACUAUGAACUUGUAGGCUCAUGCAGAGGACAAGUUGUGCACAAUGUCCCACAAUUUGUACAGCAAUGUCCCACAAACAGCCAUGGAGU